AUGGCUCUCUCUAAGGGGUCUGGAAGAGCAUCAGGUGCACCCAAUCUCAGGCUGGUACUGCUGGGUCAGCCUGGAUCAGGGAAAACAACAACAGCGAACGCCAUUCUGGGCAGAUACGCUUUUGAAGAGCAGGAGACCACUAGAGGCUCUGUGCAGACGUCAGACGUCGGAGAGAGGAGCGUCUCUUUGAUUGACACCCCGAGGUGUCUGAUGGUUUCCUCUUCAAGCGAUGACGGACCAAGUGGAGAUGAACUGGAGAGGUGUCUGAGCAUGGCUGCUCCAGGACCUCACGCCUUCCUGCUGGUGGUCCCUCUCGGGAAGCCUCUCUCAGAGGGGGACGUGAGAGCCAUGGAGUGGAUCAAACAGAGGCUGGGCGAGGAGGCUCUACGGAUGACUGUCGUUUUGUUUACUGGGAAAGAGAAGUUCACGAGACGAGAGUGGGACGGCUUCCUGUCACAACAGGAAGUGCAGGGCCUGAUCAGAAGCUGUGGGGGAGGCUACCACACUGUGAACAGCAAGGCAGAGAUGGAGCCGUGUCAUCUGAUGAAGCUGCUGGAGAAGAUAGACGCUGUGGUGGAGAGGAGUGGAGGGGAACUAUACGCUACUGACAAGUUCCUGGAGGCUCGGAGGAAGGUCAAAGUGGAAGAGGAGGAAGUGAGAAGGCAGAGACAGGAGCAGGAGAGGAACCAGAAGGAAAGAGUGUUUCCUCUAAGGGUUGUGCUGCUGGGGAAAACUGGUUGUGGAAAGAGUGCCUCAGGAAACACCAUUCUGGGGAGGGAAGAUUUUGAAGAGGAGCUCUCAUUUGAAUCUGUGACUAGAACCUGCAGUAAUCAACAUAAUGUAGUGGCUGGUAGCAAAGUAACAGUGAUUGAUACACCUGGAUUGUUUGAUACAGAAUUGUCUUUUGAAAAGUUGAAUGGUGAGCUGGAGAAGUGUGUUGAGAUGUCUCUCCCUGGGCCUCAUGCCUUCCUGCUGGUUAUCAGAUUAGAUGUGAGGUUCACAGAGGAGGAGAGGAAUGCUGUGAAGUGGAUCCAGGAGAACUUUGGUGAGGGGGCGCUGAAGUACACUAUAGUGCUCCUCACUCAUGGGGAUGUGCUGAAGGGGAAACCAGUGGGGGAUUUUCUGUGCAAAUCUCCUGCACUCUUAUCUCUUACUGAAAAGGUUGGGGGUGGAUAUCUUGUCUUCAACAAUAAGAGUAAAGACAGCACUCAGCAGGUCAGAGAGCUAAAGGAGAAAAUUGAGGCCAUGGUGGAGGAGAAUGGGGGAGCAAAUUACACCAAUGAGAUGUACAAGGAGGCGCAGAGAAAAAUAAGAGAAAAGGAGGAGAGAAAGAAGGCUGAGGAAGAGAGGCAGAAGGCAGAGGAAGAGAGAAAGAAAAAACAAAUGGGGCUGGACAUAGAAAAUGAGAGGAAAAUGGGCAGAGAGGCAGAGUUGAUGGCUGCAGAAGAAAAGUGGAAGAGACUAAAAGAAAAGGAGAAUGCCGCGAAUGAAAGGAGGAAGACCUUCAAAGCAGAUAAGCAGAACGCGAAAAAAUGGAGGCAGUAUUUCGAAAAACUGGAGAAGGAAUUCAAAGUCACACUGACACGGAACAUGGACAUUGGUUACCCAUAG